CUUGUAGAUAAAAGAUUUCUUUGGAUAAUAGUUUCAAGAGCUUUUCUACUUGGAACUCUUUCUAACAGGGAAACACACUGUUGGAGGGUUUUAUGGAGGACUUUCCAAGGGUUCCUUCAGGGAGAUGCUUAACGGUUUUCUACAGCUGUCUUCAACCUCUUUCAUAUCCUCUGCAUCAUUACAACGCCUCUUUUCCGAAUAUUUCUUUUAAGUGUCGCCGCCUCAUGCGUCCAGGGUUCCGGGUUCGAUCCCGAGCUCGAGUUACGGCCUGUGCGGAUUUGUCACGUGCUCUUUCAGUGUUCCUCUGGGUUCUCCGGUUUCUUCCAACCUCCCAACCUCCCAAAAACAAGCCACUAUGCUAAAUUGUAAUAAAUCCCUACGUGCAAAUGAGACGGACCGGCAUCCCGUCCAAGACGUAUUCCGCCUCACGUCCAGUGUUCCUGGGAUAGACUUCGGAUCAACAGCCACUGUGACCAGGAUAACACGUUUACCGACACAUCCUCUUGGAAAUUCACUUAUUUGUAAUGAGUUGUAAAAAGAAAUGCAUGUUUACAUUUUCUUACCCAGCCAUCAGUGCAAACCUUUUAAGCGUGAGGAUUUGUCAUUUAUGUUGCAGAGGGGUUUUUUGGGGAAGGUUUGGUUUUUUGUUUUUUUUGUUUUUUGUAAGAGGAAUUUGCUCAGAUGAGAGUCGCUCCAAUCUGGCAACCCUGGAGCACAGGCGCUCCUAUAGAUUUAAAAAGCGGGAGUGGAUGUGAGCUGGAUGACAGAGCCCGGCUGGGAUCAGUGUGAGGAAGAGCACACCGGGAUUAUCAGCAUCAGGAUCGGGAUUAGUUUUGGGAUCAGGAUGCUCCGCUUUCCGUCGCUGCUUGUGCUCUGGCUCGCGCACUUCAUUGACGAGCAUCGAGUUUACGCUGGGAACUGCUGGUACGAGCAGGGGAAGAACGGCCGCUGUCAGAUGCUCUACCUGUCUGAAAUGAGCCGGGAGGACUGCUGCAGGAGCGAGAGGCUCGGCAUGGCGUGGACCGAGGAGGACGUUCCCAGCAACACGUUGUUCCGAUGGCUGCUCAUGCACGGCGGUGCACCAAACUGCAUACCGUGCAAAGAGACGUGUGAUAACGUGGACUGUGGUCCUGGGAAGAAAUGCAAGUUGAACCGGAGAAACAAACCGCGUUGCGUGUGCGCUCCGGACUGCUCCAAUAACACCCUCAAGGGCCCGGUGUGCGGCUCGGACGGAACCACGUACCGCAACGAGUGCGCACUACGCAGAGCCAAGUGCAGGAGAUACCCCAACCUGGUGGCCCAGUACCAGGGGAAGUGCAAGAAGACGUGUAACGACGUGCACUGCCCGGGAAGCUCGUCUUGCGUGGUGGACCAGAACAACAACGCCUACUGUGUGACCUGCGAGCGCGUGUGUCCUGAAGUGACCUCACCCGAGCAGUACCUGUGUGGGAACGACGGCAUCAUUUACGCCAGCGCCUGCCAUCUCCGACGAGCCACGUGCAUUCUGGGAAGGUCCAUUGGGGUGGCCUAUGAGGGCAAGUGCAUAGACGCCCACUCGUGCGACGAUAUCCGCUGCCCAGACGGAAAGAAGUGUCUGUGGGACAUGAGGACGGGUCGAGGACGAUGCUCCGUGUGCGAGAGCGAGUGUCCCGAGAGUCAUCCCGGAGACAGCGUGUGCGCCAGCGAUAACGCCACGUACCGCAGCGAGUGCGAGAUGCAUCGGGCCGCCUGCUCGCGAGGCCUCGUCCUCGAGGUCAAACACUCCGGGUCCUGUAACUGCGUUGACCACUGACUCGUCCUUCCCGUCCCGUCGUACGUGGAUCCCGACCUGCUUCGUCACGUGAAUCAGACAAAGCAGCAACGUUUCAGAUGCG